AUGGGUGUGCCGAACUUAGUCGACAGCAUGGAUGGCGUCGAAUGUUCGGCUGUGUAUAUCGAUCGUCGUGUGGCCCAAGAACGGUGGGUGCAUCAGAGCUCAUCCGAUUUCUCAAACAUCUCCGAUACAAGUGCCUCUAUAUUUCCCGACGAGCCCGAGUCACUCCGAUCGGAUGUGGAUGUUCUGCUGGGGGUCUGUAAACGAAUCUACCUUUGUAAUGUCGGCCCAUCUCUCGCAUCGAAACUCGCCCAACUCAGUGACGAUGCCAUCGCCACAUGUAUACCUAUCUUCGCAUUCUUUGACGUCGACUUAUCUGGGGAAGAUCCUGGCUUAUCGUGUCGUAAAAGCGGGCGUGGUUCGUGGCCUGAGGUAACCCCUCCAUCUCCGGCGUCGCUGCGCCGCGGCUUCACAUUUUCUUCCCAGUGCGAGGGAGCGAACAAUCUGAAAUUGCUGUCAGGAUUGUCGGCCGACAUCCAAGUUCAAGAGUCCCCAAAUCUAAUUAUCCCAGUUGCUAUCUUGCGUUCUUCCCCUCAGGUCCCCAGUAGUGUCCCUGUGGAACCUCAGCGCAAUGGGACGAUUUCCGAAUUUCAGCAGAUAUCGAAAUGCUUAGAUGCCGGAGCCGUUGAUGUUCUAACAUCGCCCCUGAGCAGCGCAAGAAUACAGGGCCUUGUAGUCCAUGCCUUCCGUGCUCGCAAAUCAGCGCUCAAAGAACAGACGCGCUUUAUGUCCAGGAAAAAGUUGCGCAAGCAUUCCUGGGUAGGCGUUCAUGAUGAACAGCCUUAUGCCUACCUAAGAGAAGCAAUGGUGUCGAAGCUUAUGAAAGGCAUUUGCAAUCCCGAAGAAGUGAUAGAAGAAUUUCAGGACCGUGAAUUAGAUAUAAGCCCCGAGCGUGAAGAGCUCGUUAAAGAACAGAUUGGGAGUUGGAGCUUUACCGCCCAUGAGUUUUCAGAUGAUGAGCUCGUGCUGGGGGCUUCUGAAAUACUUCAGCAUGCUUUCACCAUGCCAAAUUUGGAACAGUGGCAGUUGACGCCAGGUGAACUUCGGACAUUCUUAGUCGCAUGCCGCGCAUCCUAUAACUCGUUUGUCCUCUACCAUAACUUUCGCCAUGCCAUUGAUGUCUUGCAAUCCGUAUUUUGUUUCCUUCUUCACAUUGGUGCUCUACCCCCUUAUGGGUCGGUUACACGAGAUUUUGACACAAAAUCACCUCUUGCUUCUCUUCUUACACCCUUCGAUACUUUAACUCUGUUGAUAUCGGCAAUUGGCCAUGAUGUGGGCCAUCCUGGAGUGAACAACUUUUUCCUGGUUAAACUCAACGCUCCGCUGGCACAACUCUACAACGACAACUCGGUUUUGGAGGCAUUCCACUGUGCUGCCUUUUCCCAGAUCUUGCGCCGCUAUUGGCCCUCCGCAUUCAAAGACAAGCAAAUUCGCAAGUUACUAAUCAGCUCCAUAUUAGCAACAGAUAUGGGUGUGCACCAGAAGUUCAUGGAGCGACUCGGGUCGUUGCAGGAGAAGUUCUAUGAGAACAGCAAGACUGUUGACGGAUGGAAACCCCAGGAUCUCGAGAUGUACAAAACCCUCCUUUGCGGUCUGCUGAUCAAGUGCGCCGACAUUAGUAACGUGGCACGGCCGUGGGACGUGGCUGAAAAAUGGACCAAGAUAUUGCAGGAAGAGUUCGCCAAUCAGGGUGAGAUGGAGAAGGAAGUGGGAAUGGAAACCGCUUUGUUCGGCGGGCCACCGGAACUCGGCAAUACAUACAAACUCGCCACAGGCCAGAUCGGUUUUAUGUCAAUAUUUGCUCUUCCUUUGUUCGAGGGUGUAGCGGAUAUCUUACCCGAUAUGCGGUUCACUGUUGAGCAUAUUCGAAACAACCAAUCCAGAUGGCAUUACCUUGCUGAUCUGGAGAAACGGAGGGAGGCUUUACAGGACGAGAGUAGCCCCGAGGACGUUGUCUCUCCUUGUACUCGGAGUCCAGCAUCGAGCUUGAAAGGAUUUAGAGGACUCCGUGCACCGUUGACCACGACCGGUCCGGAUACCCCUGCCAAGCCAUCAUACCCAACUAUUGAAGGGAGUGGCCGGCGUGAAACAGAUUACUUUGGUCCAAUUCACUCGUCUGUGGAUUCUGGGGCCUCGUGUGGGAGCUACAACGAGAAUACUAUCAGUCCUGUUGUAUCGCCAGAUACACCCGGUCCUUCAAUGGACAUAACUGGAAGCCCCUUGCCCUCGCAAACACCGUCGCGGAAAUCUUCCAACGCUGUGCCGGACCUUACCAUGGUUUCCGUCGCAGGCGUGUCUCCCGAGAGAUAUAGGAACCGGGCAGGUUCUGAAGCAUCCAACAGAGCUGUUGGCGAUCACCCUUCACUUGACGCAAACCGCUCUUCAAGGGAUCCCUCGGUUCUGGCUGCUGUCAUUUUCGCUAAUUCACACAAGGAUGGAGACACACAGGAUCAUUCAAAUGCCCGCCACAGUGCGGGGGAGACAACAGGUGAAAGGCCGAGCAGUUCACGGAAUGGGCCGCACAGCUACCGUCGCCAUCACGCAAAUACCAACUCAUCGGGGCGCACAUCGGGGCCAUCUAACUCCCAGCGGAAUAGCUGUACUCGAACCCACAGCGUUAGUACUUAUAGCAAUAACAUGACGCCUAUCUCCCCCGCGACGAACGCGACCAGUUUCCUUACUGUCGACGACGGCGAGGAUAAUGGUUUUAGCCAGGAGAGCAGUACUAGGAGCGAUCGUGAAAGCGAUAGAGGCGACGCUCGCCCAGGCUCUUCCAAUAUCGACCGAGAAUCGGAGGGUAAUCCUCCACAGUCUAGCCAUACUUCCCAUUCCCAGUCGGAUGAGACGAAUAGGAACCUUGUUAUGGCCUCCGACAAGGGAAAUGGCCACGGGUAUCCUGGACAGUCUGCGUACAAACCUGGAAGCCCAAGGCAUGAAGGCAGUGGUCAGCAAUGGGAUGGAUCUAGCGGUGGAGAGCAGCCAUCACGGAAGCUGCUGAAACGGCGAAGUCGCCUUCGAUUGGCAUUCUGGAAACGCAAAACCCAUCAUUCUCACCACCCCGAACUGAGCGGUGAAUCAUGA